GGUUAUUAAAUCUAUUUUGAUAAGAUUAGAAAUUUUAUAUAAAAACAACAUUGCCCGAAGACCAGUGUACUACUACUAGGUGGAGGUGGAGGAGUACCACUGUUAGGUGGAGUUCCUACAACAGCCAUCAUGCGUGUAUUAAUUGCUCUUUUGGGAGUCCUGGCUCUUGCAGCAGCCGCACCAAAGAAUCCCCAGAGGAUUGUUGGUGGUGAUCUAACGACCAUCGACCAAUAUCCGGAUAUGGUAUCAGUAAUGUGGUCCUGGACCGGAGAGAAUCACGUGCAUAACUGUGGUGGUGUUAUCCUUAACAACAGAGCCGUUCUUACUGCUGCUCACUGCACCAUUGGUGACCAACCAUUCAGGUGGCGGUGUCGUGUAGGAUCCACCUUCCCAAACAUUGGUGGUGUGGUACAUCUUACGUCGCACGUCAUCAAUCACCCACAAUACAGCAGUGUCACCUACGAGCACGAUAUUUCGAUCAUUCGUACCUCUACCAAUAUUGGUUUUACUAACGUAAUCCAACAAGCACGCAUUCCCGGCACCAAUUAUAACCUAGGGGACAAUGAAGUAGUUUGGGCUACUGGAUAUGGACGCCUUUACUCUGGGGGACCACUACCAGAGCAACUGAGACACGUUCAAAUAUGGACCGUAAAUCAGGCGGUUUGCGGAGCUCGUUAUGCAGAGUUAAACGCCACGGUCACCGACAACAUGUUUUGCGCUGGCUGGCUCGAUGUCGGUGGUCGUGACACGUGCCAGGGUGACUCUGGUGGUCCAAUUUACCACAAUGGAGUCGUCGUCGGCGUCUGCUCGUGGGCUCAAGGAUGUGCUGAAGCUCGCUACCCUGGUGUUAAUACUCGUGUUUCACGUUACACUCAAUGGAUACUGGCUAAUGCUUAA